GAACGUUUUUGUACGAGACUGGGUUGCAACAGGGGGAUCGGGUAGUGACAGCGACAACUCUGACCUACACUGCAUUCCAAUAGGUGGCGGUAUUGCACCUUAACGCUGUGUGCUAUCCCCCAAUAAACAACACUGGAAGAAGAAGAAGAAGAAACGUCCGUUUCCGGGAGGCUGUUUUUUUUUUUUUUUUAAUAAAGACUAGGCCGGAUAUGCUUUUGACCACACAUUGUGAAUGUCUUAGUUCUGUAAACGAAUGUGUCUCUUUAAACAGGACUAAUGGACAGACAUCGUUCGUUGUAUAAAGUGACCACCCCACCAUGGAAGGAAACGUACCGCCAGCGUUGCCUGGACAGGCUAAAACACAACCGGACCCGGUUGCUGGAGAGGUACCGACUGUUGGGGGGAAACGACACAGAGCGCUCUCCCGGGGCUUCCACCAUCGUGCAGGAGGUGAUGGAGGAGGAGUGGAGCACCCUGCAGCCAGAAGGCCGGAGGCUUCCGUCUCUUUGGGGGCCACAGGGCUCGACAGAGGCAUCCAGUAUUAUUAAGGAAUGUGAUGAGCUGGCUGUGCUGGAAGAAAUUCAUCAGGAGCUCCUAUCUAAAGAAAAGUCUUUAAUGGAGGAGUAUGAGAAGAACCUACAGUUUGAGCUGCAGUACAUUUCCUCUGUUGUGGAGAGGAGGGAGGAGAUGCUUAUUAUUUGUCCUGUGUGUCGCAUGAACAACUUGAGCAUCAACAGUGCUUCUGUCUGCUGUCAAUGUGGACUCUACAUCAACACUAAGAAACGCAGCAUUACUCUAGAUGGCUUGCAGCACCUUCUGGAGGUCAGGAUUUCAGAACAUAUGGAGGAGUGUCAGUGCAACCCUGUUUUCUCCGUCACAGCCGACACAGAAGGUUCAUCUAAUCUGAUGAUAAGCUGCCAGGUUUGUGAUUACCUGUCUGUUGUCCUAUAAAUCCAGAAGUUUCUACGAGUGUCAACUGUAGGAUUUAGUUUUUUUUUUUUUUUUUUGUGUUCAGUGCAAUAAAAGAUUAUUUUAUAUACAUA